GAGCCCCGAGCCCACAGCAGUCUUGAUACCGCCAGCAUCAAACGCUGCAUCAGAAAAGAACGCUGCGUUGGGAACACAGUUGCCGAUGCCUCCGGAACUGUGCCCUGAUGUGGAAAUGUACCCAAAGGAAAGCCCCCAGCAGGCGCCAAAACACUGGCUGCUGCGACUUGUCAACAUCAUUGUGCCCAGGGGAGGAGCACUGUCUGGUAUGCUGAAUCUCGCGAGCGUCACGCUUGGGGCCGGAAUUAUCUCUAUUCCGUCCGCCUUCAAUACCUCCGGAAUGGUCAUGGCGAUGGUGUAUUUGCUGGCGGUGACGGCGUUGACGGUGUUCUCCAUCCAUCUGCUUGUGGCGGCGUCGGAGCGUACGGGAUACCGAAGUUUUGAAUCCUUGGCGCGUGGCCUCCUUGGGCGUGGCGCGGACAUCGCUGUGGCGCUGCUGAUCUGGCUCCUCUGCUUUGGUGGCGCCAUCGGAUACAUGGUGGCCGUGGGCGACGUCCUUCGCCCCAUCCUGGCCCACAAGGGUGUGCCUGAGUACCUCAAGACAGACAGCGGGCGGCGCCUGAUAAUGAGCUGCAUCUGGAUUCUCUUCAUAUUUCCCCUUGUGCUCCCAAAGCAAGUCAACUCGCUCCGCUACGCCUCGGCUGUCGGGGUGCUGUUUAUUAUCCUUUUUGUUGGAUGUGUUGUGGUGCACUCAGUGCAGAAAAUUGCUGCGGACGGCCACCUGCGCUCGGAUCUCGUGCUGUUCCGCCCAGGCAACAGCGCCGUCUCGGGGCUUGCUCUCUUCAUGUUUGCGUACCUGUGCCAAGUAAAUUGCUUUAAAAUUUAUUACGAAAUGCGAUGCCGCUCUGUCGCAAACAUGACGCGUGAUGCGGCGGCUAGCUGCGGCAUUUGCUGUCUGCUUUACUUUUUGAUUGGGUUCUUUGGCUAUGCGGAGUUUGGGCCAGAGGUGUCUGGGUCUAUAUUGACCUACUUCAACCCCUACACAGCCCCUGCCUUUUUCGUGUGCUUCAUUGGCAUCAUUGUGAAGCUUUGCGCUGCCUUUUCACUCAAUAUGCUGGCAUGCCGCACCGCUCUCUUCCAAACCAUGCAGUGGGAUGUGGACACGAUGCCGUACUGGAAGCAUAGCAUCUUCAGCGUCACAUUUGCUGUCGGGGCACUCUUGUUUGGCCUCUUUCUGCCCGACAUCAACAUUGUCUUUGGCCUGGUGGGGGCGUUUUGCGGCGGCUUUAUUGGCUUUGUCUUUCCCGCGUUGUUCAUAAUGUACUCGGGGAACUGGUCAUACAAGAGCGUUGGGGCAGUGCAGUACUUCCUGACAUACUUCAUUCUUGUCGCUGGUGUAGUGGCAAUUGUGUUCGGCACCGGUAGCACCGUCUACAGCACCAUUAAGCGAUUCUCGUGA